UCCGAAAGUUAGCCAACAACACCGCCUUCGCCCUCACGCAACUGCCUCUUUGCGGCGGCGCGAAACACCGACGCGUCUUCUGGUUGCGAGCGCGGUCUCCGUCCAAGGGGGAGCGAGGGUUUCGGCGAGAUGUCGGCGUACGACGAGGUGGAGAUCGAGGACAUGGAGUGGAACGCGGAGCUGGGGGCGUACACGUACCCGUGCCCCUGCGGCGAUCUCUUCCAGAUCACGCUCGCCGACCUCCGCCUCGGGGAGGAGAUCGCGCGCUGCCCAUCCUGCUCCCUCUUCCUCACCGUCGUGUACAACGCCGAGGACUUCGCCGACGCCAAGGAGCCGUCGCACAAGCCAUCCCCGCGCCCCGUCGCUGUCGCAUGAGGCAGACCCGGACGCAUGGAAUCAAGCUCAGAGCAUGGGAAAGGAAUGAGGUGUUCAUGUUUGACAUACGCGGGAGCAUUUGUACUACUACUUAUAUGAGUAAACUCGGGCAUCAUGUCAAAGCUUAGGUGGUUAAACUAUCUUAUUUGUAUGGACGACCUAUUAUUGUAAGGCGUCAUGAAUAUGUAAUGCUUCGAAAUUUUGUUCGUGCAA